AUGGGUAAGCGAAGCAUUUGCAGGUUCUUCCAGACACAUGGUUCGUGUAAGUGGGGAGACAAGUGUUGGAAUGCUCAUGGGGACGACACGGCACGAGCAGAUCAGAACUUCUUGCGACCCGAGGCUGAUCCCCGACCAGCCCAUCCAGUGGCUGGCAAUAAGCAUCCCCGAGAAUACGACGCAAUCACAGGCAACAAGCGUCUCCGAGCAGACAACGACAAUGAUGACGUUCGUCGCAGAUCACCACCACAACAGACUGGUCAAGUGCCGCCCAUGCCUCCGAGCCGGCCACGAGGCCCAAUCCCAGAUCGAUGGCGGCCUGAGCCAGAAGAAGAGGUGUAUGGCGGCUUCGGAUAUUGUACCAAGGCAUGCAGGCAGGCUGACCGUGACCGCCAUCUGCGGGAAUGCUUGCCGCUGCGCUCGAUGAGCCUUGGGGACACAAGAAUGCAGCACGAAGCGCUCCCUGGUCCAGCUGUCGUCCAGAAGGAGAUUCGUCCAGAAGGACCAGAUCUGCGAGUGCCGGAACAACAGCAAGAAGCCAAGACUCAAGACCCAAGGCUUGUGCGAAGGAAUGCCAAUGCCACGAAUGCGCUUGCAAUAAUCAAUGGAGCUCGGCGUGGUAAUCUUCCCAACGACAACGAAGAAGAUACUGGCGACAAAGAAACCGACAAGAUUCCCGUGUGGGCCCAGCCCGUCCCCAGGAAGCCGGCUGGAGCGAAUCGAGACGACGACUUUGAUGAAGCAGCGCCGAUCAACAACAAAGAGCAAAACGAUUUCCCCCCUUGGGACGGCCCCACGACAGUCCCCAAGAACCCCAUCAAGAGGCGCAAGCCAUCAAUUCUCGACAACAACAACGCCGUCGCACUCGAAGUCAUGGUCGCGGACCCCUUCCGCCGCCUGCGCGAUGAUCAGUUGCUCAUCGACUCCUACCGGUACCGUCGAUGGCUCGAGAGACAACAUGGCGUGAAGGCAAGCUCGCUUCAGAGCUUCCUUACCCGCGCUGAGACAGUGUCUCUACUCUCGCAAGAUUUCAACGAGGAAGAGCAGAUGCUCCUCGUCACGCGCGCGAAGAGCAUGAAGACCGACAUGAUCGACACGGAAAUUGUCGAGAGCACCUACAACGACGUCCAGAUGCCUCUCCAGAUGCGCCUGUUCGCGGACCAGGUCGUUGGACAUGCAGUGACUCCGGAGCUGAAAGUUAGUCAAGACGUGUGGGUUGACAUGAUCAAAUGGGAAGAUUGGGCGUGGGCAGGCUUCGAGUGGGCUGAUAAUUUCGCUGGGCGCUUUUGA